AUGGAAGAAAAUACCCUGGUAAAAGAAAUUCUCGACUAUUGGCGAGAAGACGAUAUUGCAUUCAUUCCAACAAGAGCAAGUGAAGUGGUUCAAGAAAAGCUUAAAAGUCUAAAGUUUAUCACAGUGGUUGGAAAUUCUGGGUCCGGAAAAUCUGCAAUAAUUCAGCAUAUUGCACUAAUUCUAAAGGAGCAGGGAUGGAAUGUGAUACCGGUAGAUAAGGUGGAAGAAAUAAAAAAGAAAUGUUCCUCUGGAGUCUCUGAAAAUCGCAUAUUAUUUGUAUUUAAUGAUCCUUUAGGUAAGGAAUCGUUAGAUGAAAUUUUAUAUCAUUCAUGGAAAAGUUUAGAGAAAACGCUGGAGAUUUGUUUAAAGAAAAAUAAACUAUUGAUAUCAUGUAGAAGAUGUGUCUUUUAUGACAAAAGAGUCAAGGGUAACUUAUUGGACGAAUCUACUGCAGUAGAAAUUGACAGCGAAGAACAUGGACUGACUGUUAAAGAGAAAAGGGCGAUUUUAAAUCAGUAUUCACAGAAUCUGCAUUUAUCCGAAGAUGUUGUCACUGAAAUAAUUAAAACAGAAGUUUACUUCCCAUUGCUCUGUAAGCUUUUUUCAAGGGAGACAAACUACAACGAAAGUGGGGCUGAUUUCUUUAAAAAUCCGUACAAAUGUAUUAAAAAGGAAAUUGAAAUUUGGAAGAAAACAGAUAAGAAAAGAUUUUUCUCACUUAUCUUGAUAGUAGUUUUUAAAAACAAUUUGAAAAUCGAUACUUUUGCAAAAAAUAAUAAUUCUUUGAUGAAAUUUAAGGACAUUUUAGGAAUGUGCGAGCUACAAGAAAACACACACAUUUCGGUCAUUCGUAGUACUCUUCAUGAACUGAAAGGAUCGUAUGUCAAACGUGUCGGAAAUGCUUUCCAAUUCCUGCACGACUUUAUUAUGGAGAUAACGACUCUGGUGUUUGGUGUUGAUUGUCCACAAGAGACAAUACAGUACGCAGACAGUGGUUUUCUGAGACGUCGAGUGAAGAUAGAAGACGAUACAGAAGAGGAAGAUCACGAUCCCUUCACUGUUUACCUUCCUGAAGAGUACAUUGAAGAUCUUGUGGACAGGUUUAUCACUGAUAUCCAAACAGAACACAUUGUAGAUGUUUUACUCAAUCCAUGUUUAAGAAAAGAGAGCGUGAUCAAUUCUUUUAAGGAAAAAGUGGAUUCAUUCGAAAAACUUCUCGUAAAAAUUAAAUGUGAAAAAGACAGAUCGGAAUUUCAAGAAUCAUCUAACAGAUCUUUUUUUACAAGGCUUGAUUUCCUUUAUACAUUUGAAAGUGAAAUAUGUCCUUUAGUUGGACUUAUUGUAUUUUGUCAUUCUGACAUUUCUUCAUUUUUUAUCAAAAAUAUCCCUGAAACAAAGUUGAAAGAACAUCCUAUAUUUACUGCUAUCUGUGCGAAUGGCGAUUUAAACCUAUUUAAUUCACUCAGCGAAGAAUAUAAAAAAACAGCAAUGAUGGAAAUAUGGGAUGACUCUUUACCAAUUCAUGUUGCGUCGGUUUUUCAUAAUUGUUCAAUACUUGAAGAAUUAGUAAGACUUGGUGCUGACGUAAACAAGUUAACAACUGGUGACAUUUGGACCCCGUUAUUACUUGCUGCUGCAAAUGAUGAAGAUCAUUUUAAAGAGGCCGGGAUCGACAAAAAAUAUGUAGAAAAACGUAAUAAUACAACUAUUUGUUUAUUGAACAACAGUGUUGAAAUCAGUGUAUGUGAUAUUGAGAAAGGGGAAAGUUCACCUUGUACAGCUUGUUAUAGAGGACGUGAUAGCACGGUACAACUGUUACUGAACAACGGUGCUGACAUCAAUUUAUGUGAUGAUGAUGGAGCCAGUCCUCUAAAUUUAGCUUGUCAAAAUGAACAUUAUAGCACGGUACAACUAUUAAUUAACAGAGGUGCCAACAUCAAUUUAUGUGAAAAUGAUGGGACCAGUCCUCUUUGGGUAGCUUGUCGAAAUGGACAUGAUAGCACAAUACAGCUAUUACUAACCAACGGUGCCGACAUCAAUUUAUGUAAGAAGAAUGGAGCCAGUCCUCUUUAUAUAGCUUGUCUAAAUGGACAUGACAGCACAGAACAACUGUUACUGAAAAACGGUGCCGACAUCAAUUUAUGUAACAAGAAUGGAGCCAGUCCUCUUUAUAUAGCUUGUCAAAAUGGACAUGAAAGCACGGUACAACUGUUACUGAAUAAUGGCGCUGACAUCAAUUUAUGUAAUAGUGAUGAAUGCAGUCCUCUUUAUAUAGCUUGUCAAAAUGGACAUGAUAGCACGGUACAACUGUUACUGAACAACGGUGCCGAAAUCAAUUUAUGUAAAAGUGAUCAAUGCAGUCCUCUUUAUAUUGCUUGUCAAAAUGGACAUGAUAGCACGGUACAACUGUUACUGAACAACAAUGCCGACACCAAUUCGUGUGAUAAUGAUGGAUUCAGUCCUCUUUAUAUAGCUUGUAAAAAUGGACAUGAUAGCACGGUCCAACUGUUAUUAAACAAGUUUGCAGACAUUAAUUUAUUCGCAAAAAAUGGAGCUAGUCCUCUUUAUAUAGCUUGUUAUAAUGUACAUGAUAGCACGGUGCAAUUGAUGCUGGAAAAUGGUGCUGACAUCAAUUUAUGUGAUAAUGAUGGAAACAGUCCUCUUCAUAUAGCUUGUCAAAAUAGAUCUGAUAGCACGGUACAACUGUUACUGGACAACGGUGCCGACAUCAAUUUAUGUUAUGAUGAUCACAUGAGUCCCCUUUAUGUAGCUUGUCAAAAUGGAUACGAUAGCACUGUACAAUUAUUACUGAACAAUGGUGCCGAUAUCAAUUUAUGUGACGAAGAUGGAUUCGGUCCUCUUUAUAUAGCUUGUCAAAAUGGGUAUGAUAGCACGGUACAACUAUUACUGAACAACGGUGCCGACAUUAAUUUAUGUGACAAAGAUGGAACCAGUCCUCUUUAUUUAGCUUGUCAAAACGGACAUGAUAGCACGGUACAACUCUUACUGAACAACGGUGCCGACAUCAAUUUAUGUGACGAAGAUGGAGACAGUCCUCUUUCUAUUGCGUGUCAAAAUAGACAUGAAAGCACAGUACAACUGUUGCUGAGCAACGGUGCCGACAUCAAUUUAUGUGACGUAGAUGGAGUCAGUCCUCUUUCUAUUGCGUGUCAAAAUGGACAUGAAAGCACGGUACAACUGUUACUGAACAACGGUGCCGACAUAAAUUCAUGUGAUAAUGAUGGAGACAGUCCUCUUAAUUUAGCUCGUCAAAAUGGACAUGAUAGCAUUGUACAACUCUUAAUUAACAACGGUGCCGAAAUCAAUUUAAGUGAAAAUGAGGGAACCAGUCUUCUUUGGGUAUAUUGUAAAAAUGGACAUGAUAGCACGGUGCAUCUUUUACUAACCAACGGGGCCAAUAUCAAUUUAUGUACUAAGAAUGGAGCCAGUCCUCUUUAUAUAGCUUGUCUAAAUGGACAUGAUAGUACGGUACAACUAUUACUGAACAACGGUGCCGACAUUAAUUUAUGUGACGAAGAUGGAGCCACUCCCCUUUAUAUAGCUUCUCAAAAUGGACAUGAUAAAAUUGUACAACUGUUAUUGAACAACGGUGCUGAUAUCAAUUUAUAUAAGAAGAAUGGGGCCAGACCUCUUGAUAUAGCUUGUCAAAAUGGACAUGGUAGCACUGUACAAUUAUUACUGAACAACGGUGCCGACAUCAAUUUAUGUGACGAAAAUGGAGACAGUCCUCUUUCUAUUGCGUGUCAAAAUGGACAUGAAAGCACUUUACAACUGUUACUGAACAACGUUGCCGACUUCAAAUCAUGUGAUAAUGAUAUAGACAUUCCUCUUAAUUUAGUUCGUCAAAAUGGACAUGAUAGCAUUGUACAACUAUUAAUUAACAACGGUGCCGAAAUAAAUUUAAAUGAAAAUGAGGGGACCAGUCCUCUUUGGGUAUUUUGUAAAAAUGGACAUGAUAGCAUGGUACAGCUAUUACUUACCAGCGGGGCCGACAUCAAUUUAUGUACUGAAAAUGGAGCCAGUCCUCUUUAUCUAGCUUGUCUAAAUGGACAUGAUAGUAGGGUACAACUAUUACUGAACAACGGUGCCAACAUUAAUUUAUGUGACGAAGAUGGAGCUACUCCACUUUAUAUAGCUUCUCAAAAUGGACAUGAUAGAAUUGUACAACUAUUAUUGAACAAUGGUGCUGAUACCAAUUUAUAUAAGAAGAAUGGAGCCAGCCCCCUUUAUAUAGCUUGUCAAAAUGGGCAUGAUAGCACAGUACAACUGUUGCUGAACAACGGUGCUGACAUCCACUUAUAUGAGAAACAUGGAGACAGUCCUCUUAAUAUAGCUUGUCAAAGAGGACAUGAUAGCGUGGUACAACUGUUACUGCAUAACGGGGCCGACAUCAAUUUAUGUAACAAAAAUGGAGCCAGUCCUCUUUUAUUAGCUUGUUAUCAUGGACAAGAUAGCACGGUACAACUGUUACUGAACAAUGGUGCCGACAUCAAUUUAUGUGAUAAUAAUGGAUUUAGUCCUCUUCAUUUAGCUUGUCAAAAUGGACAUGAUAGCACGGUACAACUGUUACUGAACAAUGGUGCCAACAUCAAUUUAUAUGAGAAGCAUUGCCCCAAUCCUCUUUAUAUAGCUUGUCUUAAUGGACAUGAAAGCACAGUACAACUGUUACUGAACAACGGUGCCUACAUCAAUUUAUGUAAGAAUAAUGGAGCCAGUCCUCUUUAUACAGCUUGUCAAAAUGGACAUGAUAGCACGGUACAACUACUAUUGAACAACGGUUCCGACAUCAAUUUCUGUAAUAACAAAGUAGCCUGUCCUCUUUAUAUAGCUUGUCACAAUGGACAUGAUAGCACGGUACAACUGUUACUGAACAAUGGUGCCGACUUCAAUUUAUGUUAUGGUGAUAGAUUCAGUCCUCUCUAUGUAGCUUGUCAAAAUGGACAUGAUAGUACGGUACAACUGUUACUGAACAACGGAGCAGACAUCAAUUUAUGUGAGAAGAACGGAGCCAGUCCUCUUUAUUUAGCUUGUCAAAAUGGACAUGAUAGCACGGUACAACUGUUACUGAACAACGGUGCCGACAUCAAUUUAUGUGAGAAGAAUGGAGCCAGUCCUCUUUAUAUAGCUUGUCAAAAUGGACAUGAAAGCACGGUACAACUAUUACUGAACAAUGGUGCCAAAAUUAAUUUAUGUGAUUACGAUGGAUUCAAUCCUCUUUAUUUAGCUUGUCAAAAUGGACAUGAAAGCACGGUACAACUAUUACUGAACAACGGUUCCGACAUCAAUUUAUGUGAGAAGCAUCGUCCCAGUCCCCUUUAUAUAGCUUGUCUUAAUGGACAUGAAAGGACAGUACAACUGUUACUUAACAAUGGUGCAGACAUCAAUCUAUCUGAAAAAGAUAUAGUCAGCCCUCUUUACAUAGCUUGUCAAAAUGGACAUGAUAGCACGGUACAACUGUUAUUAAACAACGGUGCCGACAUAAAUUUAUGUGAGAAGAAUGGAGCCAGUCCUCUUUAUAUAGCUUGUCAAAAUGGACAAGAUAACACGGUACAACUGUUACUAAAAAACGGUGCCGACAUCAAUUUAUGUAAGAAGAAUGGAGCCAGUCCUCUUUAUAUAGCUUGUCAAAAUGGACAUGAUACCACGGUACAACUGUUGCUGAACAACGGCACCGAUAUCAAUUUAUGUGCUAAAUGUGGAUUCAGUACUCUUUCGAUAGCUUGUCAACAUGGACAUGAUAGAAUGGUGCAACUUUUAAUGAACAACCGCGCAAACAUCAAUUUGUGUGAUAACGAUGGAUUCAGUCUUCUAUAUAAAGCUUGUCAAAUUGGACAUGAUAGCACGGUACAACUGUUUCUAAACAACGGUACCGACACCAAUUUGUGUGAGAAGAACGGAGCCAGUCCUCUUUAUUUAGCUUGUCAAAAUGGACAUGAUAGCACGGUACAACUGUUACUAAACAAUGGUGCCGACAUCAAUUUAUGUGAGAAGAAUGAAGCCAGUCCUCUUUAUAUAGCUUGUCUUAAUGGACAUGAAAGCACGGUACAACAGCUACUGAACAACGGUGCCGACAUCAAUUUAUGUGAGAAGAAUGGAGCCAGUCCUCUCCAUCAAGCUUGUCAAAAAGGACAUGAUAGCAGGGUACAACUGUUAUUGAACAACGGUGCCGACAUCAAUUUAUGUGAGAAGAAUGGAGCCAGUCCUCUUUAUAUAGCUUGUCAAAAUGGACAUGAAAGCACUGUACCACUUUUAUUGAAGAACGGUGCCGACAUUAAUUUAAGUGAUUACGAUGGAUUCAGUCCUCUUUAUUUAGCUUGUCAAAAUGGACAUGAUAGCACGGUACAACUAUUACUGAACAACGGUUCCGACAUCAAUUUAUGUGAGAAGCAUCGCCCCAGUCCCAUUUAUAUAGCGUGUCUUAAUGGACAUAAAAGCACAGUACAACUGUUACUGAACAACGGUGCAAACGUCAAUAUAUCUGGUAAGAAUGUAGCCAAUCCUCUGUAUAUAGCAUGUCAAAAUGGACAAGAUAGCAUGGUACAACUGUUACUGAACAACGGCGCCGACAUCAAUUUAUGUAAGAAGAAUGGAACCAAUCCUCUUUAUAUAGCUUGUCAAAAUGGAAAUGAUAACACGGUACAACUGUUACUGAACAACGGCGCCGAUAUCAAUUUAUGUGAUAAUGGUGGAUUCAGUCCUCUUUGGAUAGCUUGUCAAAAUGGACAUGAUAAAAUGGUGCAGCUAUUAUUGAACAACCGUGCCAGCAUCAAUUUGUGUGAUAACAAUGAAUUUAAUCUUUUAUAUAAAGCUUGUGAAAAUGGACAUGAUAGCACGAUACAACUGUUUCUAAACAACGGUGCCGACAUCAAUUUGUGUGAGAAGAAUGGAGCCAGUCCUCUUUAUAUUGCUUGUGAAAAUGGACAUGAAAGCACAGUACAACUGUUACUGAACAAUGGUGCCAACAUUAAUUUAUGUGAUUACGAUGGAUUCAGUCCUCUUUAUUUAGCUUGUCAAAAUGGACAUGAUAGCACGGUACAAAUGUUACUGAACAAUGGUUCCGACAUCAACUUAUGUCAGAAGCAUCGUCCCAGUCCCCUUUAUAUAGCUUGUCUUAAUGGACAUGAAAGGACGGUACAACUGUUACUGAACAACGGUGCAAACGUCAAUCUAUCUGAUAAGAAUGUAGCCAGCCCUCUUUAUAUAGCAUGUCAAAAUGGAAAAGAUAGCACGGUACAACUGUUACUGAACAACGGUGCCGACAUCAAUUUAUGUAACAAGAAUGGAGCCAGUCCUCUUUAUAUAGCUUGUCAUAAUGGACAUGAUAACACGGUACAACUGUUACUGAACAACGGCGCCGAUAUCAAUUCAUGUGAUAAUGGUGAAUUCAGUCCUCUUUUGAUAGCUUGUCAAAAUGGACAUGAUAGAAUAGUGCAACUGUUACUGAACAACCGUGCCAACAUCAAUUUGUGUGAUAACGAUGGAUUCAGUCUUCUAUUUAAAGCUUGUCAAAAUGGACAUAAUAGCACGAUACAACUGUUUCUAAACAACGGUGCCGACAUAAAUUUAUGUAAAAAGAAUGGAGCCAGUCCUCUUUUUAUAGCUUGUCAAAAUGGACAUAAUAGCACGGUACAACUCUUACUGAAGAACGGUGCCGACAUUAAUUUAUGUAAGAGGAAUGGAGCCAGUCCUUUUUUUAUAGCUUGUCAAAAUGGACAUGCUAGCACGGUACAACUCUUACUGAAGAACGGUGCCGACAUUAAUUUAUGUAAGAGGAAUGGAGCCAGUCCUCUUUUUAUAGCUUGUCAAAAUGGACAUGCUAGCACGGUACAACUCUUACUGAAGAACGGUGCCGACAUUAAUUUAUGUAAGAGGAAUGGAGCCAGUCCUCUUUAUAUAGCUUGUCAAAAUGGACAUGGUAGCACGGUACAUUUGUUAGUGAACAACAGUGCUGACAUCAAUUAA